CAUUGCUUUGAUCAUUGCUGCAAGUGUAAAAGAGAGUAAGUAGAGUCAGUCCUUGACACCCUGCUUCCCUUGCCCUCAUUGAGUUUCAUCAUAUCACCCGCCGUGCGACUGGUAUCUCACAUCUACUUCAAUCCUACUUACCCUCCUUUCCUCUUGCCCCCCACACCCCCCUUCCCUCUGAUCCCUCUCACACCUCCCUUCCACCACCCUUGUCGUCCUCCUUCCUGGGUCACGUAUUCCCCAUUCUUCAAUGAGAUAACCCUCCUUGGAUAUACUUCGGAAAUCGUGUCAACUGUCGUUUGCGUUCACCGAGGCGCGCAUCUUCUUCGCGGCUGCAUCAAACUUCCCAGCAAACUUUUGCAUCUGCAUGCCAGCAACAAGUAAUUGCAAAUAACUAAUUGUCUGACUGAGCAUCCAGUCCUCCACCAUGACAGUUGCAGCGCCUCCCGUGGCACCAGUGCACGAGAAUGGGAUCAACGGCGGACUCGGUCAUCAUGUCAAUACUAUGAGCCUCCCACGUUUCCACCCAAUCGCAAUGAAUCCGGGCCAAGCAAUUCCCCCGGAGCAUUUGAUGCACGGUCACCAUCAAUUUCGUCCUUUUCCACCACCACCGCCGCCUCCUCCUAUGCAGGAACCAGGCCCGCCAGCUCCGGUUUCCGCUCCAGCACCGCCCGCUCAUCAUCCGCAUAUUGACCAGAUUGAAGCUCGCCUGAGACAAUUGGAGCAUGAAGAAGCGGCUCGUAUGGCGGCUCGUAGCCAUCUUCUCGCCAUGCGCAAGCGAGAGGACGAGGACUUUCGUAGGUUGACGGAGAAUGCCGAAGCAGAAGAAGAGGAACUGCGUAGGCAACGAAAGCGCCUGAAAAGAGAAUCCAUGGGCCUCGGGUAUAACGCUGGGAUGGACUCCCCGCCGCUUCGACCGACGCCGCCUCGUCGGUUGUCGGAGACCAAUGCAGCCACUACCCUUGCAUUUUUCAAGCAACAAAGCCCCCCGGAGCCUCGUCCCAUCCCUCCGCCGCCGACACAAGCACCUGCACCCCACGUUCCUCCACCUCCACCUGCACCUCAGCACAUCCACCAUGAUCCCACUGGCGCUACCUCGAUCAGACGAAAGCAGAAGUAUACUAUUAAGAAUGUCGAAGCCUGGGGAGAGCGACAUGGGCGCCCCGCCGCGCAUGAUCCCUCUGGCAGGGCUCUCUGGAAGCGUCCCUCAGACGGUAGUCUGGUAUAUUUGACUUGCCCGGUAUCCGGCUGUGGGAAGGCCGAUUUUGUGACUCUCCAUGGAUUCAUGUGCCAUUUGACGAAGAAACACAAGGACCGCAGCCUGGGCAGUCAAUCCCGGGCAUUGGAAGUAUGCGGGCUGGUUUACGACCCCAACGCCCCUCUUCCUCCAGUGGCAAAUAUCAACCGUGCAUCCACGGAAGAGAGCCGGCUCGAGUCCGGCCCCACAGACCAUGAAGGAUACCAACAAGACAUUGAGUAUUCUUCUGCGUCGGAUGAGGAGGAAAGCCAUGAUAUCCCAGUGAAGACCGAGUCCACAGAUAGGACGUUGCCUGCACCUCCAGUAAUGACGAUGCCCCCGGUUCCAGAUCAACAUCAACUACAAGCCCGCCUCAACGGCUCGACGAAACAAUCCAUCUCAUCCAUCAUUGACCGCGACCCGGAGAGCGACCCCCGCGAGCAGCGGUUAGAUACGAACCCCCCUCGUCCGAUGGAGAUUCCCAUGCAAACCUCCCCGGACCAUAAACGCCCCUUCAAGGACGAGGCCGAGUUUCCUCGUCCACGUGAGCAUGAGAAAGAGAACACUGACCCCAAAGACACGGCCGAUACACAGUAAUAGCAGUCUUAUAAUUUUACUAAUCAUCGUUGCAUUGCGGUAGUUGAAGACACAAGACGUUCCGCCUCAUUGCCUCGCAUCAUAGUUUUGAGCAUGUUUCCGGUGGUGGUUGCUGCCGUGAGGGAUUCUGCGUCACAUACCCUUUCCCUCCUUUGUAUAUGUGGGUGGCCUUCUGCAUGUUGUUUCUUACUUAAUGUAAUAAUGUCUUACCUCAUAUGGCUGGCC